CAAGAAUCGUGUGAAUGAAGGGCGCAAUCAUCCUGGCGGCAGUGGCAGUGGCGCUGUGCAUGUUCGUGUCCACCGCAUCUGUUCCGGCACUCGCCCAUGACGAAGUGCCUCUACUUCCGGCUGGCUACUUUGGCUCGGCGCUGAUGGCCGCGUAUGGCGAUCACACCACCAACACAAUGACACUCGAGCAAUUCGAACACCUCGUCCAUGACCUUGGACUUUCUGAAGAGCACGACCACGACCAUGACCAUGACCAUGAGCACGAGGAGGAGGAGGAACACGACGAAGACGAGGGCAAAGAACUCUGUCCUCAUGCAGACGAAUUGGCCGCGCUUUUCGGCGUCGAUGUUGAGGGUGCUGCAACCAUCGACUCGACUCAACUUGGCCAGAUUUCGAUCGCCUUGGUCUACAUGCUCGGAUCCCAGGUCUGCGUGCAUCACAACAUUUCAGAGACGGACGUCGAGAGCAGCACCUACAGCACUCUCCUCCUUGAAAUGUUUGGCAACGGCACUGCUCUUUCUGAGGAAAACUUGGAACACCUUUUCCUGGCUGCUGGCGCAACCCAACAAGCGGAUCACGAGCAUGAACAUGAGCAUGAACAUGAGCAUGAACACGAACAUGAGGAUGAACACGAAGACGAACAUGAACACGAGCAUGAAGACGCCGUGGCGGGACCUUGCAUCUCUGUGCAUCUACUGCUUCAUGCGCUCGAGUUGGAAGAAGAGUCGUUUGCGGGCAGCAGUCUCGAAACCCUCGCGACGGCUGUCAUUUACAGGGUUGCGACGAAAGCCUGCGUGGCCCACGACGACGUGGAAACCAAGUUUGUGCCAAGCACCCAGCAGCACUUUUUGGAUGCCAUCUUUGACCACUUUGGCUAUGUUGGUGCCGAGAACAUGCCCGUUUCUGUCAUGACGACCAUUUUCGAGAAACUUGGCCUAGUUGCCGGACACGAAGAAGACGACCAUGAGCACGACCACGACCACGAGGAUGAGCACGACGAUCACGACCAUGACCACGCACGACGUGCUCUGGACGAGGAGCAACCAACGGUGCGAAGCCGUCGCAACCACGAAAUCGGGCAUGAGGAGCUCACCGGUGCCCUUGCACAAGCCGUCUUCGACCUGAAUGGCGUCGUGGGUCGGGUUGUCUUCUCUCAAGAUAGCGCCAGUCAUCCCGUGGACAUUUGGGCAACCUUCUCUGCCUUGCCGAACGCUUCGGCCGCGUACACGCUCGAGAUUCGCUCCUUCCGCGCGCUCGCCAACACUCUGCCUGCAUGCAGUGCGGCCAUGCUUGGUGGGCUGUUCCCCGAUGCAACGAGUGGUGCCCUGAUCAACACCCAUGGUGCUCUUCCAGUUGGCGCCACGAUUAACAGCUCGUACAUUGACAGCACUCUCUCGCUCGUCGAUGUUGACUUUUCUCUGGUGGGCAAGUCACUGGUGCUGGUCAACACGGAUGAUGACUCGGUGGUAGCAUGCGGAAACAUCAUGGACACGACCCCUCGCUGCUUUACCAUUGCACAGCUGCUGGACUCGUUUGGAAUCACCGAAACAAUCGCUCAAUCCCAGCUGGCACAGCUUGCGCCCGGCUUGGUUUCGAUGCUGGUCUCUGGCGCAUGCACCAACCCCGUCACUUCGCAUGCUGCUGCCGCUUCUGGUGUGACCGCCUCAGAAGCGUGGGGCUACGGCGUCCUUGCCACUUUUGUGGUGUGCUUGGUCUCGAUCAUUGGCGUCCUCUUUGUGCCUGGUAUGAAGGGCACACGGCUCGAAUCCAACUUGAUCUACCUCUUCUUUGUCGCUCUGGCGGUUGGCGUGCUCAUUGGCGAUGCCAUCUUCCAUCUGAUUCCCCAAGCGUUUGGUGUUCACUCCCACGCCGCCGGCGAGGAAGAGCACAAUCACAACCACGAGGCUGAGGAAGAAGAACACUCAUAUGACCAUCUCUGGCGUGGAUGUGUUGUCAUUAUUGGCAUCUACAUGAUGUGGAUCCUCGAGAAGGUGUUGGAAAGCAGUGGCCACGGGCACACGCACGGGGGCUCGGCGGAAGACUCCUUUGAACUGAACGGCGCCACCUCGACCAAGACUAUUGAGCUGCAGGAGGCCUCGAUGAAGCAGAACAGCAGUGAGAAGCGCCACAUUGACCAGAUUGCCUGGCUCAUCAUUAUCAGUGACUCGAUUCACAACUUUGUGGAUGGUCUUGCGAUGGGUGCAUCGUUCUAUGCCAGUCUGUCGACUGGCCUCAGCACCUCCAUUGCCGUCUUGCUGCAUGAAAUCCCGCACGAGCUCGGAGACUUUGCUAUUCUUCUCGGUGCUGGCAUGACCAUUCGGCAAGCCGUCUUCUGGAACUUGAUGUCCUCGUUGACGUGCUUCAUUGGUCUGUUUGUGGGUCUCGGCAUCGGCGAAGAUACCGAAGCUCGCCUCUGGAUUUUGUCUCUUGCCGGCGGCAUGUUCUUGUACAUUGCUCUUGUCAGCUUGUUGCCCCAGCUCAGCAAGCACAACACCCGCCUUAACUCGCCUCAGGGCCGCAAAAUGUUCCUGGUUAUCAAUCUUGGCAUCCUUAUUGGAUUGGCCAUCAUGCUUCUCAUCGGUCGCUAUGAAGAUGACAUUCAUGUUUAGAAUCUUGGUGUUUUUUUGGCUGUAAUGUUUUGAAAAAUCA